UGGUGGAGUGAGUGACUCCUGAGUCUAUUCACAGCUGCUCUGUCGCUUCCAUGAUCCAGUCCGGAUUUGGCAAGGAAAGGAACAGCUGCUGUAACGUUUUAGCAAUGUCGGGAGAGAAGGAGCAGUAAGUGAGACAUGCGGGGUCUAGAGAAGUCGCUCCAGCAGCAGUGGAGACUCGACGAGCAGCAGCAGCAGCCGUAGAGGAUCAUGGCCGAGGACUAUUGGGAGCGCUCGGCGGCUUUGGGAUAUUAUUACUACUGUUAAGAUUACACGAGCAACACGCACUCACUGACACAAGCACAUACGGAUCUCAACUCCACGGGGCGGUUGAACAGUGGCAGCCCCUCCACCCCCCUCAUCUCGUCCCCCCAUACCCCCACUGAUGGACCGCAUGAGGAAGAUCAAACGGCAGCUGUCCCUGACGCUGCGAGGGGGUAACAGCGGGGACAAGACCUUGAGUGAGACCAUCAGCUCUCAGGACACAGGAGCACACAGUGAUUCUGAGGCCAUGCCAGUUGGCGGCAGUGGUGGUCUGCGGGGUUCAGUGAGAGGUUCGGGGGGUUCCUUCAGCAUGCACUCCCUCCUGCAGUCCUACAGCAGCGCCCUGCGCAGACCACGCACCCUGGGCCGCAGUCUCAGCUCCUAUCUCAACCACACCACACGCCUCGAAAUCGUUCAUGAGGAUGUAAAAAUGGGUUCAGAUGGAGAAAGCGAUCAGGCUUCGGCCACAUCCUCUGAUGAGGUGCACAGUCCCGUCCGAGUUCGUCUGAGAAACAACCCUGGUCGCAAAAUUUCCACAGAGGACAUAAACAAGCGUCUGUCUCUGCCUGCCGAUAUCAGGCUUCCUGAUGGCUACCUGGAGAAAUUCAACCUCAACAGCCCCCUGUUUGACAAACCGCUCAGCCGGAGAUUACGCAGGGUAUCGCUGUCUGAGAUCGGAUUUGGGAAGUUGGAGACAUACGUGAAACUGGAUAAACUAGGAGAGGGCACCUACGCUACAGUAUAUAAGGGCCGCAGCAAAUUGACGGAUAAUCUGGUGGCUCUGAAGGAAAUCCGUUUGGAGCACGAGGAAGGAGCUCCAUGCACUGCCAUUAGAGAAGUGUCUCUGCUGAAGGACCUGAAACACGCCAAUAUUGUGACUCUUCAUGACAUCAUCCACACUCAGAAGUCUCUUACACUUGUGUUCGAGUACUUGGAUAAAGACCUGAAACAGUACCUAGAUGACUGUGGAAACUGCAUUCAUAUGCACAAUGUCAAGCUGUUCCUGUUUCAGCUGUUGCGAGGUCUGAACUACUGUCACAGACGUAAAGUCCUUCACCGAGACCUCAAGCCCCAAAAUCUUCUGAUCAACGACCGCGGGGAGCUAAAGCUGGCUGAUUUCGGUCUGGCACGAGCAAAGUCGAUUCCCACCAAGACCUACUCCAAUGAGGUGGUGACGCUCUGGUACCGCCCCCCUGACAUCCUAUUGGGCAGCACAGACUAUUCCACUCAGAUUGACAUGUGGGGUGUUGGCUGUAUCUUCUACGAGAUGUCUACAGGUCGACCCUUGUUCCCGGGCUCCACGGUGGAGGAGGAGCUGCACUUUAUCUUCAAACUGCUCGGUACGCCCACAGAGGAGACCUGGCCCGGAAUAACCUCCAACGAGGAGUUCAUCUCCUAUAACUACCCCCGUUACCGCGCCGACUGUCUCCACAAUCACACUCCACGAUUGGACAAUGAUGGAGUUGAACUUCUGUCGAAACUGCUGCAGUUUGAGGGGAAGAAACGGAUCGCAGCAGAGGAAGCCAUGAGACACCAAUACUUCCACUGCCUGGGAGAGAGAAUUCUCACACUGCCAGACACUACAUCAAUAUUUGCACUUCAAGAAAUUCAGCUGGAGAAGGAGCCUGGAAUGAGGACGAAUUCCCUGUCAGAAUCCGUCAACAGCAUAUCUCAACGGCAGAGUCUGCUUUUCUGAGGGCACGUGGGGCGACUCGGGACAGGGAAGACGGAAGAUAAACGGGGAGGACGCAUUGAGACGUUUCCUGUCGUGAAGAUGAAGGGAUAUCUGUUUUUCAUUUCUCCGUCUGAGUCAUUUGCUGGUCCUGUGGCAUUAUGUGUUUAGAAGGGGUCACUGCAGUUGUUUACAUGGAGAGGCUGAGGAUGUUGAUUUGUGUAUUGUUUUCUUUGUUUCAAAUAAUGCACUUCCCCUUCCCUGUUCACAUUACAAACAUGUUCUUCCUGUUUUGCUGUACUUUCUUGACACGGUUGCGUCAAUCCAGCCGCUGUACUCAACCAAUCAGAUGCAGAAUGUUAUUGGAUGGCCUGACUCUUCAUCCUUUGACUGAAACAAAUCAACCUGUUUUCUUUGCAAUACUUCUCAAUUGUAAUGUAAAAGGAAGGCCAGUUUAUGAAGGAACGUGUCAUGAAUGCUGUUAAUAUCCAGAAGCCAAGUCACUCUAGUCUUCCAGAAAAUGGUCCCCUUCAUUAGUGUCAUCAGCCCAAAGACGAACAUUUAGUACUAUGCCAACACGAUGGUUCUCCAGUCAUCAUAAUCAACCAUACUCUGUGUUAUUUGUAUUCAUGAGAACAUUGACGACAUGCUGUACUUCUGUUUUUGUUUGCAAAAGCAUUUCACUUUUAAGUUGUUGUUUACAUGUUUUUUUGCCAUGCAAUACAGUUUGAUCAUCUAGAAAACGGU